UCCGACUCACUGUAGGAUAAACCAGCGGGCCCCCGAACAGGCUGAGGAGUAGCGGUUAGUCUAUUGAAUAUCCUCCUUUGUCGGCUUCUACUGUGUACACUGGUCUUGCUUGCUGUGAAGCAUCAUUUUUUAUGUUGCUUGCUGUGGUAUUAGCCUGCAAAACCCGGGUAUAGUACUUGAUAAAUGGCGCCUAUUUGCGCAUGCACGUUUCAAGAAUGUGAUUAUGCAGCUGCUCAGCCGUCGCCUUACUGUUCAGAGCAUGUCUGUCAAGACUACGGCUGUCUGAAACAGAGAAUUGAAGAUACAAUUACUUCAAGCGAAUACUGCAGGGACCAUAAAUGCUCCACUACAGGAUGCCCCAACCUACGAGCAUAUGUGAUGAGCGGCACUACCUCUGUUAAGAAGAAUUAUUGCUCGUCACAUCUCUAAAUUGCAGGUUCAUUGAAUCCUAUCACGUGUCUAUUCAUCACGUGACUC